AUGGACAGUGAAGAAAACACCAAAUUAGUCAAUAAGGUAUUAGCAUCUCAAGUAUCUUUCGAAUCAAUCCUUGUUUUUAGUGAUAUUGCUCGACAAAAUCCAAAUUUCCUUGAUCUUGGUGAUGCUUAUAAGCUAGCUCUCAGUAAUAGAGAAAGACAGUUGUCCAUUCGUCACUACAAGGCAAUGGAAGAUUCUUUUGAUGAAGAACUUCAAAUACUACCUACUGCAGAUUGUAGAAAGAUGGUUCUUACAGCUUCAACAUUUGCUGCUGCAAUAAGUUUUUGUUUACUGCAUAAUAUGAAUUGCAAUAUGGCGAGUUUCUUGACUGAUUUGGCGAAGCCAUAUGUGGAGAAAUUGAUAAAUGGCGUAAUUGCAGAAUCGAGUUAUAUAUGUUGCUUCAUGUGCAUUGCUAAGGAUUUUGAAGAAGAAAAAGCUAGGUUGGAAGUAGAAAGGACAACUUUCAAGCAACGCAUUGAAGUGGCAACCCGAAGAGGGGAAGAUGUUCAAGCUAAUGCUCUUUCUUGGGUAGAAGAAGCUGAUAAGCUCAUUCAAGAAGACACCAAAACAAAACAAAAAUGUUUUUUUGAAUUUUGUCCUCAUUGCAUAUGGAGAUAUAGAAGAGGAAAAGUACUGGCAAAUAGGAAGGAUCAUAUUAAAGAAUUAAUGGAAGUUGGAAAGGAACUUACAAUUGGACUCCCAGCUCGUCUUCCAGAUGUUGAACGCUAUUCAUCCCAACACUAUAUGCAUUUUAAAAGUAGAGAAUCCAAAUACAUUGAGCUUUUGGAUGAACUCAAAGAUGACAACAAUUAUAUGAUUGGGUUGCAAGGGAUGGGGGGCACAGGAAAAACUACAUUGAUCAAGGAAGUGGGUAAGACACUUAAGCAAUCAAAGCAAUUUACUCAAAUCAUCGAUACCGCAGUGUCAUUUUCUCCUAAUAUUAAAAAGAUUCAAGAUGAUAUUGCUGGACCCUUGGGAUUGAAAUUUGAUGACUGUAAUGAAUCCGAUCGACCCAAAAAACUAUGGAGCAGACUAACCAAUGGUGAGAAGAUUCUUCUAAUAUUGGACGAUGUGUGGGGCGAUAUUGAUUUUAAUGAAAUUGGAAUUCCAUAUAGUGACAAUCACAAAGGUUGUAGGAUUGUUGUAACCACGCGCAGUCUGUUGGUGUGCAAAAAAUUAGGAUGCAAUAAGACAAUCCAACUAGAUCUCUUAUCUGAAGAAGAUGCGUGGAUCUUGUUCAAAAGGCAUGCUAGUCUAAGUGAAACUUCAACUGAAUUUUUUCUUGACAAGGGACGUAAGAUUGCAAAUGAAUGCAAAAGGUUACCUAUUGCAAUUGUUGUUAUUGCUAGUAGUUUGAAGGGCGAACAACAUCGGAAUGAAUGGGAUGUGGCCUUAAAAUCAUUUCAAAAACCUAUGUCCAUACAUGGUGUUGAUGAUGAACUUGUUAAAAUUUAUAACUGUUUGAAGUUUAGCUAUGAUAAUAUGAGGAAUGAAAAGGCAAAGAGUUUAUUCCUUUUGUGUUCUGUGUUUCGAGAAGAUGAAGAGGUUCUUACUGAAAGGUUAGCCAGACUUGCCAUCGGAGGAGGCCUUUUUGGGGAAGAUUAUGGAAGCUACCAAGAUGCUCGAAGUCAAGUAGUUAUAUCCAAAAAUAAACUCCUAGAUUCUUGUUUAUUGUUGGAAGCCGAUCAAGGGAUAGUGAAAAUGCAUGACUUGGUUCGUGAUGCUGCCCAAUGGAUAGCGAACAAAGAGAUUCAAACAGUACAAGUGUAUGACAAAAAUCAAAAGGCAAUGGUUGAAAGGGAGAAAAAUAUAAAAUAUUUGUUAUGUGAAGGCAAGCCAAAGGACGUGUUUUCCUGUAAGCUUGAUGGUUCCAAGCUUGAGAUUCUAAUUGUCAUUUUAUGUAGGGAAGAAGGUGACAAGCUUUCAAAUAUCAAAGUACCAGAUUCCUUUUUUGAAAAUAAUACUGGACUUCGAGUUUUUGUUUGUGAUUUUUUUUUUUUAAACCUAUCAUUACCUCAAUCAAUACAAUCGUUGCAGAAUAUUCGAUCUCUUAUCUUUAGAUCUGGUAUGUUGGGUGACAUUUCUAUCUUGGGAAAUCUGCCAAGCCUUGAGACACUUGAUUUGAGUGGUUGUCGUAUUAAUGAAUUGCCGAGCGGAAUUACGAAAUUAGAUAAGUUCAGAUUGUUGAAAUUGGAACAUUGUUCAAUUUCUUGGAAUAAUCCGUUUGAAGUGAUUGAAAGAUGCUCAUUACUUCAAGAGUUGUAUUUUGUAGGGAGUUUUAAUCAUUGUUGUCGAGAAAUAACUUUACCUACAUUGCAGAUGUUUUGUGUAGCCGACGGCUCUGGAAUUGAUUAUUCAUCAUCAUCAAAGUGUGUGUCUAUUGACUACGAAAAUGAGUUUUUCCUAUCUGAAACAACACUCAAGUAUUGUAUGCAAGAAGCAGAGUGCCUCAUUGAAACUAAGCAUACUUCUUCUCAAGUAUCACAUGUAUUCUCUAAGUUGGUUAAACUACAUCUGGAGAAAAUGGAAAAUCUAGAAGAGUUGUGCAUAGGUCCUCUUUCCUUUGACACUUUUAAGAGUUUAGAGGACCUAUCUAUCGGGAAUUGCAAACACUUGCGAAGUUUAUUUAAGUGCAACCUUAGCCUACGCAAUCUAAAGAAAGUUUCAUUGAAUAGUUGUCCGAUGUUGAUCUCCUUAUUCGAACUUUCAACUGCCCGUAGCCUAGUGUUGUUGGAGAUAUUGGAAAUAAUUGACUGUGAGGGUCUUGAAUAUAUAAUACUAGAUGAAAGAAAAGGAGAGGGAUCAAGAAGAGAAAUAAUUGAUGAUGAUAGCAAGAGUCUGGACCCAAUGUUUUUGAAACUAAAAGCUCUUGAAAUUAGGAAGUGUCCAAACUUUAAAGUAAUACUUCCGUUUGUCUCUGCUCAUGAUCUUCCGGCACUAGAAUCCAUCACAAUGAGAAGUUGUGAUAAGCUGAAAUACAUAUUUGGGCAAGAUGUCAAACUUGGUUCCCUAAAAUAUAUAAAUCUUGAUGAUGUACCCAAUUUAAUUGAUAUUUUUCCAGAAAGUAAUCAUACGACAUCUUUGUCCAAUAAGAAGUCAUCUUCUAUUUCUAGAUCCGCUUCCAAGCCAGCAACACAGUCGGACUAUAUCAAAUGCAACAUCUUUUCAUGGAUUGAUAUGUAUUAUUGUGGAAACAAAUUGAGGAGUACCAAAAGUACUAAAAUUCCAUUGGUUCAUGUGAAUCAACCACAAAACAACUUAAUGGAAUCAAAUUCAUAUUGCCUUAGCAUAAACAUAUGGGAGCGUGCUCAAUGUAUUUCAAGACAAUCAAAGAUCCUAUGCAAUGUUAAAGAGAUUCAGUUGACUGAGUUGAGGAAGAUAAAAUCAAUAUUUGUCCUAUCUAUUGCUCCAAGAAUGUUGUUGGAAACUUUGAUAAUUAAAGGUUGUGAUGAAUUGAAACACAUAAUAAUAGACACCGAAGAUCACGACAAUGCUGAUGACAAUAAUUUGGACAAUGUCUUCCCAAAGUUGAAAGUGCUUUCCAUUAUAGAUUGCAUCCGAUUGGAAUAUAUAUUCGGACAUUACAAUGAUGAUCAUCAAAACGACAUUGAGGUUCAUCUUCAUCUUCCAGCAUUGGAGUGUCUCUAUCUUUCCAAUCUGCAAAAUUUGGCUGCCAUGUGUCCUAAACAAUAUCACACAACAUUUCCACCUUUGAAAGAUCUUGUACUCGAUAAAUGCUUACAGGUUGCUGAUAUGAAACCUAUUGGUGAUUUCAUAUCUCAUCAUUUGGUUUCAAGAUCUGUCGAUGGUACCAUCACAAAGAAAUUGAGUGGGAACAUGGAGUAUUUGCUUGCUUUGGAAAGACUCGGGUUAUGUAUGUCCAAAGUAGAAAGUAUAUUUUGUGUCAAUGAAGUAAAUGAACAACAAAUAAACUUAGUGUUGCGAAAGAUUAUGCUGGACGAAUUAUAUGUGGUGACUUGUCUUUUUGUUGGUCCCAAAGAUUCUUUUGUCCUCCAAAACCUAAUAACGAUACAAAUUAUGCGAUGUGAAAAGUUACAAGUCAUUUUCUCCGAUUCUAUUUUAAGAUGUCUACCACAAUUGCAUGAUAUAAUGAUAAUAGAGUGUGAUGAGUUGAAGCAUAUCAUUGAAGAUGAUUUAGAGAAUAAGAAAAUGUCAAAUUCCUCAUCCUCAAGGACAUGCUUCCCAAAGCUAAAUGUGCUUGUUGUAAUAAAGUGCAACAAGUUGAAAUGUGUGUUUUCGACCUCCGUAAGUAACGAGCUUCCGGAGCUAAAGUGUCUGAUCAUAAGAGAAGCAGAUGAACUAGAGGAAAUAUUUAAAACUGAAGGGGAGGAAAAUCAGAAAGCCAAGAUUCUAAAUUUGAAAUUUGUAGCAUUUGUGAACCUACCAAGCCUCUUCCAAACACAGGGAAUUCAAUUUCAAACCGUAGAAUCUCGUUUUGUAAUGGAUUGUCAAAAACUCUCUCUCACUUCAACAUCAAGACUCGCCUAUUUCUGGGAAAUAAUUGGUUCCGAUUCACUCAUGGAUAUGGAUGAAGGAGCGUUAAGAAAUUUGUUGAUUAUACUUCAAAAAAUACAAGAAGAAUCCCGUGGCCACAAUACUAAAGAUUUUAUCGCUGGAAUUGAAGUUGAAGCAGCGUCAAGUCACGAGUUGACAUCUUCAGAGUGGGAGGGCUCUACGUCCGAAAUAGAUGUAGCAGCAACUUUGCAACCCAUUUCAGAAAAAAAGAAUGAGCCAACUUUACAGUUAGUUGCUCCUAAACAAAAGCAGGGUAAUGCGAUAAACGUUGAAGAAGGAAAUACAUCUUAUAAUGUCAAGACAAUAACAUCAUCAACCAAUUUAGAAUUAGAACAUGGUGAUGAACAAAUAGCCAUGACUUCUUUUUCCAUGGCCUCUAAAGAAACCAAUGAUCAAGUUUCUUGGAAUGACGAGGCUUUCAAGAAUGUAAGCUCAAAUAUUGAGGAACAGUUACCUAAGAAAGAUGAUAUAAUAGUUUCAAAAUCAAAACCCUCUUCAAUUGCAUCCAAGUUUCCUUCAAUACCUUCUAAAGGGAACUCAUCUAAAAUAGUAGAAGAUUUAAGUUAUUCUUUGCUUAUCACAAAGGAGCUUGAGCAACUAGUCUCCAAGAAGCAUUUGGCUUCAGAGAACUUGUCUCUGUUAACUGAUUUCCUUGUUUUGCACCCUUCCCUUCACUUAAAGGACACUUCACUGAGUAAUAGAUACAAGGGUUGUGCCUACAGUUUAUUAGCUCAGCUAUUGAAGUUUCUCCAAACUCAUAGUGCUGUUGAUGCAAUGGGCUCAUACCGCACCGAAUUCGUGGAGCUAUUACAAGAUGCACAUAGCUUUGGUUUUGAUAAGGAUUGGUUGAAUGGUGUUGAAAGACGUGGUUUGUUUCCUGAUAUACAAGUGUUGGAUUCUAAGCAACAGGUUACCAAAGAAUUUGAAAUGUUGCGUUUCAAGAUAGACAAUUUAAGUCAAUAUGUGGAAGAUCUUAAGCAUCAAUUGACAUCUUCUGAAACUGUUUUGGAGAGCAUCAUUCAGAAGGAGGCAGAUUUAAGCGCCCCUAUUGGCUAUUAG